AGUCAAUAGGCGCCGACACCUUCAAUGCAAGAAUUACAAAUAGUACUUGUUUCUACAUUUUUUCUUUGUGCAUUUCUCUUUUCACUUUCUUUCUCAGAAAAUAUUAAAAAAUUAAUUUGUACAACCUGUGUAUUUGCUGUUUCUUUUACCUAUGAAGCUUUGAAGCUAUGAUCUUGUUCCAUAAGCUAGUUGUCACAAUCUCACUAGCAUUUUCAUUGUCUCUAAUGUCUUGUGUUACAAGGACAACGUCCAAAGUCAUAGGAUAAGGGUAUUUACUCCAAUCUCUUCCACUUUUUUUUUAACAUUACUUCUCUCUCCUUCAUUUUGCUUCUAGAAAACUGCACAUACUUGCCAGUUACCCAUGAUCUUGGAACUGAGAUGCUACAUUGAUUAGAUCCAAAGUUCAAGUUUUUGAAGAUACCCAUUACUCCUCUAAAUGGGUGGUCUCAGAGAAUCAUGGUGUUUCUGCAAAGGGGUGAGCAAGUCAGAGAGAAUGAAAGUUGCUAUUUGCUCAGGGAAAGGCCCUGCCAUGGCCACAAUCACCAACACUGCUUCUAAUGGGGUCCCUGCCACCGGAUUCUUGAUCCACCGGAACCUCCUCUUGACCACACAUGCCAAUCUCCCCUCCGUGGUCGCCGCCGACAGCUCCGAGAUCCGGCUGCAUAACGGUGUUCCUGCAACUCUUGUUCCUCAGAGGUUUUUCAUUACAAGUACUGUAUUAGAUCUUACAAUUGUGGGUUUAGAUGAUGCGGAUGGAGAAUCAAAUGCACAGGGUCAUUGCCCUCACUACUUGAAGACAUGUUGUAAAACCAAUCUGGAUCUGGGAAGUGUAGUUUACCUUUUAGGCUACACAGAGAAACAGGAGCUCACUGUUGGUGAAGGAAAGGUGGUCAUAGCCACAGACAAUCUCAUAAAACUAUCAACUGAUGGGAUUCUAUGGAGUCCAGGUUCUGCAGGUUUUGAUGUGCAUGGCAAUCUAGCUUUUAUGAUUUGUGAUCCUAUGAAGUUAGCCACAUCACCAAACACCAAAUCGCCUUCAACUUCUUCGUCGUCCUCCUCCUCUUGCAAGAAGGAUCUCCCCAUGCAAUUUGGCAUACCAAUUCCUGUCAUAUGUGAUUGGUUAAAUCAGCAUUGGGAAGGUAACCUUGAUGAACUUAACAAGCCAAAAUUACCGCUCAUUCGAUUAAUGUCGACCGGCACGAAAAGUGAGCAUUCAUGUGCUUCCUUUACAAUUAGGCAAGUUUUCAAGUCAACAGAGGCUGAUAAUGAUGGCACCCCGUCUUCAUCAAACAAUGUCUCAAAGAUAAGGGAUCAAGGACCAAGUUCUUCUGCUAUUACCAACACUGUUGAAGAAGAAAGCUUGAUCACUAAUCCGAAUGCUGCACAUAUACAGGGAAUUCCCACUCCAGAAAUAUACGAAUCACCAAGAGUCACGGCUGCGCCGCUCAGAAGAAAAGCAAGUACACAAAUUCAGCUGUUGGACAUCAAUUUUCCUCCAAGGAUUGUCAAACCUGCAGUUUUGCCACAAUCAUCUAAAGAACUGCAUCCAAACUCUGCUGAAAAUUUUGCCAAAGAAACUUUGCUUGAAAAUCAACAACUAGAAGGAGAACAAAACUGGGACAGAAGGUCAUCAAUUCCUAGUGCAGAAGUUUCUUCAACAGGUUCUGUUAAUGGAGCUCAAAGUGAGAUUCAGUCUAGUUCAUCCCCUGUUGAAGUACCCGAGAUGCACAAUGGAUAUAGCAGUGAAGGAGAGACAAUGUAUUCCGCAGAAACCGCAGAGAGUCGCAAUUAUACAAGCCCCAGAGAGAUGAAGUUUCAACAAGUUGGAAGGAGCCAUAGUUGUGUUAGUUACAAUAGAUGGGGUGCUACACAUAGAAGCCAAGUUGCUCGUGGGAUGAUGGUAGAAAAUCAGAGAAGCUUCAUGCAUGUGAAGAAGGUGUAUUCACAAGGUGCAACUUCUCAUAGAAGCAAUGACUAUUUCAGCCCCACUGUUUCCUCAAUCAUGAAACGUAAUAACAGCUCAGAGAACCCAACCAGACCAAAACAAAGUGCUGUUCAUUCUCCUUCACCUAGAUGGUUGUUUUGAUUGAUACUUUAUAUAAUGGUCUACUCUAUAAAGUAAAAAACUAAAAAAAGAGAGAGAGAGAGUAU